UGGGACCUGAUCCCUGUAAUCUGGAGAUCAAGUGUAAUUCCCGCUUUUCCGGAGAUCCUUGCAAUCCCCCGAAGAGAGAACAAUGUAAGAUGCUUUGGGGGUGAAUGAAGUAAAUAAAUGAUACAUAAAACAGUAGAUGGAGAGGCAGGUAAAAGAAAGGUUGGUUUGUAGAUGGGUGGGGGAGCAGGAACGUGGGAAAGGAGAGAGCAUAUGAUAAGGGUGUUGCGAGAUGAAAUAAUGUCAGGAAGAGGGUACGGAGGGACUUAAACGAUCCGUGCAUGUCCUUGCGGGUUCCACAUUUGUCAAUAUAUAUGCAUUUUCAAGGCAUACGUUUCCGGGCUGUCGGAUGCCAUUCUUGCUAGAUGCUCCGCCGCCAAAGUUGCUACGGCAGAAGAAAGUCUCCUCCACCCACAGUCAUCUUGCUUGGACAAUUUAUUCUUCCCAUUGUAGCGCAAGGACGCAUUUGAGGGAUUGCAUUGGUAAAAAGUCACCUAGGACGAGCUGCGAGUUGGCAAAAUCAGGAGCUUUUUGUUUGCAUCUAUUUUACUGCACUGAUUUGUUUGCUCACUUAUUAGGAGAAGGCUGUUAUCCGAUUAAUUCAAUGAUAAAAGAGCAUCCUAUUCAGCGAAGAGCUUCCACUCUGCGGCUUCCAACAUAACCCGGAAAUCUGGUCAGCAGACAAAAGAAUCUCCCCCUUUUUUCCAACACCUUCCUUCGGCAGCUGGCCUGUGUCGCGCGUGCGCAGCUUCACUACCCUGGCGCCAGGGGCGGAAACGGGCAACGACCGUUGCAAGGAGGCCGCCGAAGUCCGUCAGUGCAACACGCACGCGCAGUGCGAGACGCGCCUGCGUCGAAGCGGACUUGGAAAGGAGGGAGCGGCGCCUGCGCAGAGUAACGGGGAGGGGGGGGAAGCGGGCGGAGAGAACUAGCAAUUGAUUCCAGCCGUGUUGGUGGUCUUUCGUACGCAUGCGCGCCGGAGCGGGCUGCUUUGCGCAUGCUCCUCAUGCUAAGGGGAGGGCGCUCUGCGCCUGCGCGGGGAGCGCUGUGGCGGCGGGGCCCUGUGUCUGAGGCGGCGGCGUCCGACCGAGCCCGCCCGUUCCGUUAGCGGAGGCAGCGCGGGUCCCGCCCCCUGUCAUGGCAGCCGCGGCCUCCGACUACCCGGGCCCCUGCGGGCGCUUCCUGCGCAGGCCGACGCCGACCAAGCUCGUCGGGUAGGCCGAGCGCGAACGAGCGAGCGACAAGAGGCAGGCGGCCGCCCCCCCCCCCUCCUUCAAAGGCACCCGCCGAAGCGAGCCCUGCGCAGCCCCUCCGCCGGGGCCGCCCUUGGAUGUGGGACAGGAUGGAGGCCAAGACGGUGGUCUACGACCUGGACACCUCGGGGGGCCUGAUGGAGCAAAUCCAGGCGCUGCUGGCGCCCCCGCGGAGCGACGAGAGCGUCGGCGAGAAGCGGAGCCGGCGGCCGGACCGGGGCGAGCCGCACCCGUCGGGCCCCCACGGGCAGCACCACGCGCACCACCCGCACCACUCGACCCCCGGCGCCGCGCACCACCACCACCACCCGGCCCACCACCGCGACCCGGCCCAUCACCGCGACCCGGCCGCCGCCGCCGCGCAGCACCGGCGGAGCGGCCGCGCCACCAACCACGACAGCUGCGACAGCUGCAAGGAAGGCGGCGACCUGCUCUGCUGCGACCACUGCCCCGCCGCCUUCCACCUCCAGUGCUGUAACCCUCCAUUAAGCGAGGAGAUGCUGCCUCCAGGGGAGUGGAUGUGUCAUCGCUGCACUGUGCGUCGAAAGAAGCGAGAGCAGAAGAAGGAACUGGGUCACGUGAAUGGCUUGGUGGACAAGUCUGGGAAGAGGACCACGUCUCCCACCAGCGACGCGGACUUCUUGGACCGGUCGAGUGGGGGCAGCCUCCGGGCGCUCUCUCACACUCGGCUCUUGGAGCGCAGGGCGGCGCCUGGCACACCUCACGCCCAAUGCACCAGCACUGAAACGCCCAACUCGGAGCAGAAUGAGGUGGACGAGGACAUCAUCGACGUGGACGAAGACUCUGCCCCCAUGACAGAAACGGACUGCGGGCAGCCCCACCUGAAGCGCCCUUUUGAGCUGCUCAUCGCCGCUGCCAUGGAACGGAACCCAACCCAGUUCCAGCUGCCCAACGAACUGACAUGCACCACAGCACUUCCAGGUACUGCAAGUAAGAGAAGAAGGAAGGAGGAAACCAGCGGAAAGAAUGUCAAGAAAGCACAGCACGAGUUGGACCACAAUGGGUUGGUUCCCUUGCCGGUGAAAGUCUGCUUCACAUGCAGCAGGAGCUGUCGAGUGGCCCCUCUCAUCCAGUGUGACUAUUGCCCGCUUCUGUUUCAUAUGGAUUGUCUGGAGCCUCCACUCACAGCCAUGCCCUUAGGCAGGUGGAUGUGUCCAAACCACAUUGAGCAUGUUGUGCUGAACCAGAAGAACAUGACCCUGAGCAACCGGUGCCGGUGACUGCAUCGACCUUCAAGACACCAUCUCCCAGACAUCGCGGUCAAGGUGGGAUUUCCUGGAACCGUGAUCUCACAUUGAAGAAGCAUCCACUUAAAUCGACCCGGGGUGGUGCAGUCGACGAAGAGAAGGGGCUUGAAGGUUCCUGAUGCUAUAAAAUCCCAGUAUCGGGUUCCGCCACCAUUGCUAGCACCCGCAGCCAUCAGGGACGGGGAGCUCAUCUGUAACGGGGUCCCCGAAGAGUCCAUUCACAAGCACCUUUGGAAUUCGGAGCACUUAGCCACCCAGACGGAGCAACAAGAGUGGUUGUGCAGUGUCAUUGCCCUGCAGUGCAGCAUCUUGAAACACUUGUCUGCUAAGCAGAUGCCUUCACUUUGGGACUCUGAACAAGCAGAAACAGCCGAUGUGAAACCAGCAAUCGCGGCCGACUGCUCCCUCGCCGGUCCGUACCAGGCAGCUGACAAGGCCAACGUCCCUUCCAUCUACCCGGCAUCCUGUGGCCCUGGGAUAACUGCCCAGAACUCCUUGGACUCCCUGCAGGAGGAAGCCCACUACCCCCCGUGUCCAGACAGAACCAAGAAGGCAUCGCCUUGCGGGACAUCCAAUGGCCCCAGCCCAGCCUCAGACGUGAAAGUCAACGGCCCCCAUUUCUACAGUGACUCCUCAGCACACUUGACUGACUCUCCGAGGCUGAGCGGGCAGGCCAACGUGAUCUCUCCCGGCGUGUCUCAUCGGCAGCUGUGGCCCCGGCCCUCCACGCCUCCUGCGGCUUGCGGGCUCCUCAACCACAUGGCGGGAGCUGUUGUAAAGACUGAGAAUGCGGUUGGGCCUGUUUCUUGCGUGCACCGGGGUUCCGUGCCAGUCGCGGGCAUGCCGGCUUCCAUCCUCAGCUCGUGCGCCAGCUUGGAAGCGGCCAGCACUUUGCAGAGGAAGAACGCACAGACGCAGAUUUCAGCGCUCGCUAGCCAGAGGCUUGGGGAUGGAUUCUCUCCUUCGAUCGCCACCUCGGCACUCACUCCUCCCAGCCGAUGCGUGGAGGAGCGGGAUCUCACCGGCUGUCAUAGCUUCUGGUUCUCUCCCCUUCCUUCUCCAGACGGCAAGGUCAGCCCAAGCGUUUUUACGGCGCCUUCAGUGCCGCCCCCCAACUCUGCAGCGCCCCUGGACCUCACCUGUUCCUUGAAAGCAUUAAUGGAUGGCAACGGAGAAAUAGAGAUUAGCAUGCUGGACGAGAAGUUGAUCAAGUUCCUGGCCUUGCAGAGAAUCCACCAGCUCUUUGCUUCCAAAGUUCAACCCCUCAUAGGCAGCGCUGGUGCUGCCCCGCCCAGCCCCGUGGGCAGUCAGACCGAAGGGCAGAGGAAGGAGGUGCAGGCCCGGGCUGUCUUCUACCCUCUGCUGGGAAUGGGUAGCGCCGUGAACAUGUGCUACAGAACCCUCUACAUUGGGACAGGAGCUGACAUGGACGUGUGCCUUACAAACUACGGUCACUGCAACUACGUGUCUGGCAAGCACGCCUGCAUUUUCUAUGAUGAGAACACCAAGCACUACGAGCUGCUCAAUUACAGCGAGCAUGGCACCACGGUCGACAACGUCCUGUACUCGUGUGACUUCUCCGAGAAGACAGCCCUCACCCCUCCCAGCAGCAUGGUUGCCAAAGUGCAGAGUGUGAUCAAGCGCCACAAGAACCGGAAGCAGGAGGAGGAGCACCAGCAACAACAGCAGCAGCCACCGCCACCAAGCAAAGAGGCGGCCCUAAUGAGGUCCCAGGCACAAGGCCCGCUCCGGAAGCCCUGCAGCUGCAAAGCCAGCAGCUCCAGCUUGAUCGGGGGCAGUGGGGCCGGCUGGGAGGGGACGGCCCUCCUGCACCACGGCAGCUACAUCAAGCUGGGCUGCCUGCAGUUCGUCUUCAGCAUUACCGAGUUUGCGACCAAACAGCCCAAAGGAGAUGCUGCCUUAGCACAAGACACGGACUUGGCCGAGAAGCUGUCCGUCAAGCCUCACCAGGUCCCCGUGCUGCGCUCCAAUUCGGUGCCCUAGGAGCGGAGGGGCGGGGGGAGAGGCCUCCUUCCAGAUCAAGGCAAAUCCAUUGACUUGCAAACCGCGCCUUCUGGGUUUUGUUUCCCCUCCGCGGGCCACGGGACUGUUGCCACCCUUUGCAUGAAGUGAAGAACUUUUACUUUUUUUUAUUGUUUGCUCAAGUUUUAGGGGCAUUUGCACAUAUAUUUGUACUAUACAUUUCAUUUAAAAAAAAAACAAAAAGGAAACUGCAGCGCACGGGGGCCACGCCGGGUGGAGACCGGCGACGGCAGCCGGCUUGUGGACGCCGCCGGGCUGAGCGCUCCCGUGCCGUUGUAAAAUAAUCGAAAACUUGUUCUAUUUUGUGCCAGUGACAAUAGUUUUAUAUUAAAAAGAGAAAUACAGUUUUCAUACAGCAAAAUCUCUAUACAAUUAUCACUGUUUUAUUUAAUGUAAAGACGUGCUACUCUCCUGCCAGUUUCUCCCCCCCCCCCCCCCCCGCCCAGCCUCUGGUGCCCCCCCCUCCCUGUUACAGUUGCACUAGGUGGGUUGUGGGCAACGAGAACAGAGGUCUGAUUUUUUUUCCAGCGGCCAUCCUCUCUUUUUCUUUCGGGAUAAUAAGGAGAAGUAUUAGAGGUUCUGUGUAAAUACAUCCAGUGACGGCAUUGUUCCGUGUUUUUUAAGCUGUGUACAGUGCUACAUGUUGGUAUGACGUUGCCUCCGGUUGUCUAUUGUAGCAAAGCGUUUCUUUGUCGUAAGCCUGUUUUGUCCUUUUGUUCCACCCCCUCCCCCACCCCCCGCCGCCCUGUUCCUGAGUUCUGAUGUACAGAAGUAAUUGCAAUGUUUUAGGCUUUACAGAAACUUUUUUUCCCUGUAUUCUGUAUAUAAAACAACAAAAUCUGUCA